AUGAUAGACGACAAGACACUUAAAUGCGUCCUAUGUCAGACUAUACUCCAUUCCAAAAAGGGAAUCAGCACGAUUAUCGGGAAGCAUAAUAAGACACAGAAGCACAUCACCAUCCGUGCCAAUUGCCAGAACUUCCUAGAAAACAACCAAAUCAUCAACUACGAGAGGCACUUCCACUACGAAAUAAUCCACCUGAAAGACUAUCUGAAAAAGAGCAAUAAAAUUGAUGAGGUUGUCAUGAAACACGUGGCAUCCAAAUUCAACAUCAAGGAGCACUUUUCAGAGAGCAAAAUGCUGCUGAAACGAAUUCAGGAGGUUUCUGGGGUUGAAAUCCUCCCAAAUGCCAUCUACGAAAACAUCAAUUUCAGGAAGUUUGUGCUAAACAACUCCAAUGGAAUCAAGACCAAAAUGUGCACUGCUGAGCCAGAGCUAUUUUACGAAUCAGCAAUAAAAAAGAAGGAACUCAAGGAUUCGAACCUGCGUAAGUCAUUCGUGAGUAUUUUGUCUGGAAUCACCUACGGCUCAAACACCACCAAAAGCCCCAGUAAGAAAUCAGGUGAAAAUACCAAGCCAAAAAGCAGGAUCAAAGUUGUGAUAAAACGCACCAAAUGA